AUGGCGGGCCCUCUGGCAUCAUCCCGACGGAUGAUCCCGUGGCUGUAUGACCUCGUGCUGUGGCUGUUCACCUGCGCGUUGGACGUGUUCUUCCGCGAAAUCUACCCCCGUGGAGCAUGGAGAAUUCCAGAACGAGGUCCGGUGCUCAUCGUCGCCGCGCCUCACGCCAAUCAAUUCGUCGAUUCGGCGAUCUUGAUGCACCUGUUGAAGUCGCAGGCGAAGCGACGCGUCUCGUUCCUGAUUGCCCAGAAAUCCAUGAAUGAGCCCUAUAUCGGCACUCUCGCAUCAUGUAUGGGUGCACUCCCCGUCGUUCGGUCCAUGGACUUGACCAAGCCCGGCAAGGGCUCCAUCUAUCAACCGGACCCGGAGAGUGAUCCGGCUUUGAUUCACGGUGUGGACACAGAUUUCACGCAGCCCGAGUAUGGGCCGGGAGCAUCCAUCACCAUCAAGAACUCCAAGUCUACAGAAACCAUGACUGUCGACGAGGUUUUGAGUGCCACGGCCCUGCGACUCAAGAAGCCUUUCACCUCACCGCUGUCGGACGACCCAGGCCGCAAAGGCACGAGGUUCAAGAUUGCUCCUCAUGUUGAUCAGAGCCAGAUGUUCAAUGCUGUAUACGAGGAGCUGUCAUCCGGUGGUUGUAUCGGCAUUUUCCCCGAGGGAGGCAGUCACGACCGCUCCAAUUUGUUGCCCUUGAAAGCUGGUGCCGCUCUGAUGUCGCUCGGUUGCCUCGCUCGCGAUCCCGAGUGCGGGCUGUCUAUCGUUCCUUGUGGCAUGAACUAUUUCCACGCGCACAAGUUCCGCUCUCGUGCUGUGAUCGAGUUCGGCCGUCCGAUUCAUGUGCAUCCUGAUCAGGUGGAAGCUUUCAAAGCCGGCGGUGCCAGCAAACGCAAUGCCGUCGGUUCACUGCUCGAAACAAUCUAUGAAGGUCUCGAGUCCGUCACACAGAUUAGUCCCGAUCAUGAGACCUUAAUUUUGGUUCAGACGACGAGAAAGCUGUACAACCCCAUCAGCAAGAAGAUCCCGCUGCCGCUUGUGAUCGAAUUCAACCGACGGCUGCUCAAGGGCUACACGAAGCACCAAGAUGACCCCCGAGUCAAAGGGUUGAAAAAGAUGGUAAAGGAGUAUAAUCGACGACUCGAAUCAUUUGGGAUUCGUGAUCAUCAAGUCGAGUGGGGAAACAUUGAAGAGAAACCCUGGUGGCUCAUUCUCAUCACCUUGUUCUAUCGCUUGGCCAAGCUGCUCAUCCUCAGCUUUGGAGUCCUUCCUGGAGUCUUACUGUUCUGGCCGGUCUUUGUUACGACGAAAGUCAUCUCGGAAAGAAAACGCCGUAAGGCUCUCGCAGCUUCAGUGGUGAAGCUGCAGGGCCAUGACGUCGUGAGUACCUGGAAAAUUCUUGUCGCCAUGGGACUGGCCCCGACUCUGUAUGUUUAUUACACGAUUAUUGUGACCGCCUGGCUUCGUUACAACCGGAACGAUGGCUACUACACACAGUCCGUCCCCUGGUGGAUGAUGGCUCGGACCUACGUUCCGGACUUUGUUCCCUUGUGGCUUUUCGCGGUGUGUUUCUACGCUCAUAUGGGCUUUGUGAGCUAUGCGGCUCUUCGAUUCGGGGAAGUGGGGAUGGACAUCAUCAAGUCUCUGCCGCCUCUUGUCGUUGCUUUGAAUCCGCUUUCCUCGUCAUCUCUCGUCGAUUUGAGGCAGCAUCGAGAGGCGCUGUCGGAGAAAGUGACCAUGACCGUCAAUGAUCUUGGCUUUGGAAUCAUGCCCGACAUCGACGCCGAGAUCCCAACAGACCCCUACAAACUGGACGCCUAUCAAUCUCAUCUCAAGAGCAUGCCGCCCAGCGAGCCCUCCAGUCGAGAGCGCAGCCGGAGCAGAUCGAACGGCUCUAUACGUGGAGCUCCUAUGAAGGCGCUCAGCUCGAUCAACUCGGAGGGGGAUCUGGCCGAGAUUGACCGGAAAAUCCAAACCAACCUGAAGGGCCGUGGGCGGCGGUCAAACACCCUCACGUCCUUUGAGACGGGUGAAUCCGUUCUGAAAUAUAAGCCAAGGGCUCUCGAGAAAGCAGAAAAGAAGCACAAGUGA